AUGCUUCUCGCAUCCGGUUAUAAAUUAAAGAAAAUGUGUCAGAGCGGCCAAUAUAAAGAAGACCUAGCUAUUGCUCAAAACUCUGGAGAAAGUGCCCAAGUUACAUCCCCCAAGUUCAAUCUGUCUGAAAUACUGCUUAUCUCCCUAUUCGACGUUUUGUUUGCUGUUGGCGGAUACAUCCUACACAAGAAGUGCCUGCCAAUGAGGGCAUUAAGAAGAAAGUUUCAACACAGCGCGUCCUUCACAUCUAAAUUAAGAAACAAAAAGGACCAAAGGACAAGGAACCAAAGCACAAAGGACAUCUAA